AUGCUCGUUAAGACUUUGAUGCUCGGUCUAGGGUCUAAGAAUUUUGAGGCUCCAACAAUUCUAAAUUUUGAGGGUCUAGGGUCCAAGAAUUUUGAGGCUCUAACAAUUCUGAGGGUCCAAGAUUUUGAGGGUCUAACAAUUCUAAGGGUCCAAGAUUUUGAGGCUCCAAGAAUUUUGAGGUCUAAGAUUUUGAGUGUCUAA